CAUCACUCCGCCCGCGAAUCGGUUGCAGCUGGGCUUUGUGCGGCGCGCUUUGUGCAGCGGCUGGAAGCAGCAGGCGGCGUCGAGGCGAGGGCGCAGCGGCGGCGGGCAGGCAGGCAGGCAGGCAGACAAAGGAGCCCCCCUCGCCUCCCCUCUCCAUCUCUCUCUCUCUCUCCGCCGCGGUCCUUCCGCCAGGGCCCCCCCCCGGCCCCCUCUCGCCUCGGCGCCCCCCCACCCCCUUCCUCGCCCGCCACCAUGACGGCCAACGGGACUGCGGAGUCGCUCCAGAUCCAGUUCGGCUUGAUCAACUGCGGCAACAAGUACCUGACGGCCGAGGCGUUCGGCUUCAAGCUCAACGCCUCGGCGCCCAGCCUGAAGAAGAAGCAGAUCUGGACGCUGGAGCAGGACGGCGACGACUCCGGCGUGGUCUUCCUGCGGAGCCACCUGGGCCGCUACCUGGCCGCCGACAAGGACGGCCACGUGAGCUGCGACAGCGAGGCGCCCGCCGGGCCGGACUGCCGCUUCGUGAUCCUGGCGCACGACGACGGGCGCUGGUCGCUCCAGUCGGAGCCGCACCGGCGCUUCUUCGGCGGCACCGAGGACCGCCUCUCGUGCUUCGCGCAGAGCAUCUCCAGCGCCGAGAAGUGGAGCGUGCACCUGGCCAUGCACCCGCAGGUGACCCUCUUCAGCCUGACCAGGAAGCGCUACGCCCACCUGAGCGCCGCCGAGGAGAUCGCCGUCAACCGGGACGUGCCCUGGGGCGUGGACUCGCUCAUCACGCUGCUCUUCCACGAGCAGCGCUACAGCAUCCAGACCUGCGACCACCGCUUCCUGCGCCACGACGGCCAGCUGGUGGAGGCGCCCGAGAAGGCCACCGGCUACACCCUGGAGUUCCGCGCCGGCAAGGUGGCCUUCCGGGACUGCGAGGGCAAGUACCUGGCCCCCUCCGGGCCCAGCGGCACCCUCAAGGCCGGCAAGAGCGCCAAGGUGGGCAAGGACGAGCUCUUCGUCCUCGAGCAGAGCUGCCCUCAGGUGGUCCUCCGCGCCGGCAACGAGAGGAACGUCUCCACCAGGCAAGGGAUGGAUCUCUCGGCUAAUCAAGAUGAAGAGAGUGAUCAAGAAACUUUCCAACUGGAAAUCAACAAGGACACCAAGAAAUGCACCUUCAGGACCUAUACUGGGAAAUACUGGACCCUCACUGCCAAUGGUGGGGUGCAGUCCACUGCCUCAACUAAGAAUGCCAACUGUUACUUCGACAUCGAGUGGCGUGACAGGCGUAUUACCCUGAAAGCAGCGAAUGGGAAAUACGUGACGGCAAAGAAGAACGGGCAGCUUGCUGCUACGGUGGAAACAGCCAGUGAGAUGGAGUACUUCCUCAUGAAGCUGAUCAACCGGCCCAUCAUUGUCCUGCGGGGAGAGCACGGCUUCAUCGGUUGCCGGAAGGUGACUGGCACCCUGGACUCCAACCGGUCCUCCUACGACGUGUUUCAGCUGGAGUUCAAUGACGGUGCCUACAAUAUCAAAGAUUCCACUGGGAAAUACUGGACGGUUGGCAACGAGGCCUCUGUCACCAGCAGCAGCAAUAUGCCCGUGGACUUCUUCUUUGAAUUCUGCGACUAUAACAAGGUGGCCAUCAAAGUCAACGGCAAAUAUCUGAAGGGCGACCACGCCGGUGUCCUGAAAGCCUCCACCGAUGCCAUCGACCCCUCCACCCUCUGGGAGUAUUAAACGCACUUUAGCAUCCCUCCUCCUUCCUUCCUUCCCUCCGCUCUGUACUCUUCCCCACCCCUUUCAGUUGCCAAUUCUCGUUUGCGGGUUUAUCUUCUAGUGUGUCCCCUCCCCCCACCCUCUUUUAUAAGGGAAUGAUCUUUCAGACCUGGUCUGCUGUCUUGCUCCUGCCAUUGAAUUUUUGGGCUGACUGUCUCUCCCUUUUUUGUGUUUCUCUUUAAAACUGGAAAAUAAUUAACCUGGGGACGGAAUGGUGCACUUGGUCUGUGUAGAUUCCAGGGUUUAGCCUGAACCCUGCUUUGUCCUGGCAUCUCUGCUGACCUUCUGAACUUAAAAGGGAAUAAAACUGCCCCUUCUCGGGGAGAUCUGCACCAUGUAGGAGAACUAGUCCACUGGAUCUAAAUCAGCAUCUCCCCUUGGGUAGUUGUCCUUAGCAAAUGGUAGUCCUGUCUUUGGAUUUUUUCUUUUUCUUUUUAGAAAGUCUGAGUUGCCAGUGUCCACCUCUUUGCAGGCGGAAUGGGUAAAUCCUGGUUCAGCCAGAGUUCUCAAAUUGGGGUGGCCUUCUCUAGUGGGUUAGUUCUCUUUCCCGUUAGUACCUCCUUUCUCUAGCUAAGGCAGAAAAGACAUGAUCUAACAUAUCUCUUGCCACUCCUCAAAGUGGGCAGGUAGUCUGGUGGUAUGAGCUGGGACAUGGUUUAGAGACCAGCCUGAGCACACAAACUAAUGCGGUGAGGACCAGCACCUUGGUCUGCCAAAAAUGGCUUUUGGGGAGCCAUAAUUCCCCAGGAGCUUCAGUCAUUCAUCUCCUAGGAGACUGAACUUGCCGACGAGUUCAUCUUCUGCUCUGAGCUGUGUGCGUUGGGGGGUAUUUUUCCUUCCUACUUCUAAGUGCCCAAGAAGCAUCUUGGAGCUUCUCCAGGUUUGACCACUGCACUGAGAAGCUGUUGACACUGCCUUAUCCACCUCCCUUUGGGAAGGUGCAAAUUCUGAGAGAGAUCUUUUUUUUGGUAUAUUGUAUUUGGUAUCUCUAAAGUAAUAUUAGUUGGAGUGACCAGGAGUACCUGAAACCUUUGCCUAUCAGUGAUGGUAUCGGGCAUCAAAGCUGCACCAUCUCUCUUGCCUCCAGUGGGUUCUUCUGCUCCCCACAACGCUCUUCUUAAAACAAAAACUGCCUUCUGCAGCAGGGCUGACCAUUGUCACACUUGCUGCACAGAGUGAAGCCAAGAUCUGCCUGGGACAGAGAGGAAGAGCUUCAGGAAGGAGGUGGAAGGGGGUGGCAGCGGCAUAUUUUCGGGGGUGGGUGGGGUUGGCCGCUAGUGGCUUCCUCAACAGUGACCAGGAAGCCUUGUUAAUCUCAGCUUACAGUGUAGAAAGCUUUUUAAAACAAGCAGUUUUUGCACAGUAGUGUAUGUUCAGCACAUUCCUGAUUUUACUGGAUCUCCUCCACCCCCCCAGCUGUAUUCAUCCAUUUUCUGGCUUGUCUUGCUUGGCUCUCCUGUCCCACUCACGUCUGCCUGGCUGGUGUUUUGGAGUCUUGCUAAGGUUGCUGCUCAGCACCGCUUGCCCCACACUUGGCUCCUGGAAAUGGAAAGACCGCCCAAGCAGUCUGUUCUAUUUAUAGAAGCUUUUCACAGAAGCAGCCCCCACGGUCUCAAAUACCUGGUUUGUACUGUGUGAUUCAUGUGAGCAUUGGUAACGUGUUCAGUGUAACUGUCCAGGAUUUUGGAAAGUAUUGUAUACAUGCACCCCCACCAUCUCCAUAGGAUGCCCCUGGAGCAUUCUCUGUUCCCUUAGGCCAAGGGUUCUUGAGCUGGGUCUCCCCACAUGCUGGCCUCCAGCUCUUGUCCUCCCGUGGCAUUGUGGCAGGCGGGUGAUGGGAUGUAGUCCAAGAGGUGGGGACCCAGGCAGGAGAAGCCUUGUUUUGGGCCAGCCCAGUGAUGACUCUCUCCAGGAAUCUCUUGCCCAGCCCAAUGGCCCCGUGCCUAGAGGGUAAUCCAGAGUAACUCUAGCUCAAAGGUGCUCUCCACAUUUCCAGGAAGGCAUCUGUCCAUGGCCCCACGCCUUGCUAAGAACGCCGCCUUCCUGAGCUCCCUUGAGUGUCUGUCAUUGCCAAACUGGGCAGGGCCAAGCCUUGCUGAAGGCAGAACAGGGACAGAGGGUUGUAUGAGCCUUAACAAUCACAUUGCCAUCUUCAGGGGUUCUCUCCACUGAUGCCUGGUGCUAAACUAUUGUGAGCAACCGGGAUUACUUGCCUUAGGAGGAAAGGGGCAUCUGAUCGGGGGACAUUGGGAUGCUAGCUGGGCUAAUCUCAGAUUUCAAGAGGAGUCAAACUGGAUCUUUCCUCUCUCCAAAGAGAACUUUGGGAACAGAGAUUAAUGCUGGAAGGGCGAGUGUUGGAUCCUUCCCCUCAACACAUUGGCCUUCGCUCCUUGACCUCUUUCUUAGCUGACUUUGUCCUGAAUCAUGUAACCCCACCAGCUUCUCCCAUGUAACAAUUGCCAGUCAAGACUUCUCCUCGGCUAUCGUGGCCCUGAAAUGCAUCUCACAUUCUGGUAUAUUUUGUUAAGGUUUUUUCUUUACUACUUGUUGUAAGUGCCAUUUGUAUAACAAGCUUCAAAUGGAGAAGAGACAAAAUAAAGAGAACCCUGCAUUCAGAUAAGAGGAA